UGUAUUGUGUAGAAUCCAUUUAUGUGGGCUAUCUCGGCUAUAGAAAAGCUAUCUAAUCAGCCUCGAGUCGUGUACCAUAAGUGGCCUCUGUGUUAGAGCUGAGGGAAUUGGCGAGGAUAUUUGUCCAACGGAGCAAUCGUGCCAAUUCUAUCAGGCCGUCGAGGCUUUUGUAUGCCAAAAGAUUGACGAAGAUCCAUUUCAGUUACUGCAGGCAUCAACGCCACAAUAGUGAGGUUACGAAUCCACUCCGUUGGGAAGGACGCGGACUAGGUCUCUAGCACGCAGGAAAAUCCAACCCUAACCGUGCCUCCCGAUCUAUGUGAUCUAUGCGAUCUAGCUGAUCUCUCAGAUCAUUUAGAUCAUUCAUGUCACACAUAGUUACUUUACUCCUUCCAUACUAUUCAUAUUUCCUAUGUCUGCAUGGUGUUCAUACUCUCCGCUGUAUUUAUUCACUCCUUUAUAGUUGCUUAGCUAUCAAUAAUAUUACGGGUAUGGUAGGUCUGUCGUUCUCGUUUGAAGGAAUAAUAAGGUCCCAGGAGGCCAGAAAAGCUUUGGAGGAUCGUGUGUUGUUAGCUAAUAAGUACCUAGGUAGGUAGCCAGCAGGGGCUAUGUGCGGGAGCUUGCCAUGCUGCACCCUCUGGGCGUGCUAAACUGAGACAGGCCGUGGGAGCGCCCCACGUAGACCGGUCGAGCCCAGUGAAUCUACCCG